CAUCCCUUCAACUUCCACUGCCCCCCCCCCCCCUCCAACGAACGUGACACGCCUGAAAUCUCACUGCGCAAUCACAGAAAUGGCGCGAAUCAUAUACCACAUCUAUGCUCAGAUCCUCACUGUCAUUAGUGCGUCUUCUCGCUUGUUCAUACUCCUCCAUCAAACGCAUACUAAGCUUCACUCAGUCUUCGAAACAUACCUCUUCAUCCGGCGCGCGCGCCGCUCCUCACAAACCAGAGUCGGCGACAUCGAAGAACAACCCCUGUCCGAAAAGCAACCCCUUCUUGUCGAACCGGCGUCCACGAAACCUCCCCGCACCCAAAGCACAAGCGAGCAAGUCGCUGUGCUGGCCCUGUACGAAAAGCAACCCUUGUUCGAGCGGCCUGUCUUCGAAGGACCUCACUCUACCAACGACAAAAGAGGGAGAGUCUUCGAGUCUGAAGAGGACCCUGAAGAGGCUGAGACCCGGUAUUUGGUGGCUACAUGUCUUGUUGUCAACUGGUUCAUGAUUGUUAGCGAUCAUGUUGAAUGGUCUGCGCUUUGGGGGUGGGCUAUGGGUGUGGCGGUGGAAGCUGCCGAGUAUUGUGUUGAGAAUGGGUUGGUGGCUUAUGGUGGACCUUUGAGAGGAGCUGAAUUGGGAGAUUGAACUUGCUCUGCCUGAGCAUGUGAUAGAUUUAUCUCUUUGCGUGUUCCGCGGCGUGCCUGGAAUAUCCAUACACCCGAGACUGCACUGCCCUACUCGGACACCCAGAAAGUUCACCAAGUAGGUGUGCCCGCCAGUGCGGCUGAGAAUCAAACACUCGCGCUUCCUCCACCUUGCUCAC